UCCUCCUUCCCGGGCUGGAGGCAUGACUUCAGCGCUCAGCUUCGGCUUCCGGCGGCCGCUUUCUUUAGCUCUGAGAGGACUGAUUCUCCGGCGAUUCUCCUCCUCCUCCAAUCCACUCCACUGCUUUGCUGAGGAAGACAAGCAUGAUGGCACAGAAAAAAGAGACCCACCUCAUCAUAACAGGCCUACCUUCAUUCAUCCCGCUGCUAUCGUUCACCCUGAAGCCAUUUUAGGCCAGGGUGUUUCUAUUGGUCCCUUCUGCACAAUUGGACCUUCAGCAAAGGUGGGGAAUGCUUGUCAGUUGUACCCUGGCAGCCACGUCUUUGGAAACACAGAAUUGGGAGAUAACUGUGUUUUGAUGGUUGGUGCUGUAGUUGGAGAUGAUCUUCCUGGUCACACUGUCAUUGGGUGCAAUAAUACCAUAGGACAUCAUGCCGUUGUUGGAGCUAAAUGCCAAGACAUGAAAUACAAGCCAGGGAAUGAAUGCUUCCUUGAGAUAGGCGCCAACAAUGAGAUUAGAGAACAUACAUCUAUUCAUCGAUCUUCAAAGCCAAGUGACAUUACUGUCAUUGGUGAUAACAAUCUUAUAAUGGGAUCUUGUCAUAUAGCCCAUGACUGCAAAGUGGGUAGUAACAAUGUUUUUGCGAAUAAUACUCUUCUAGCAGGUCAUGUUGUGGUGGAAGACCAUGCACACACUGCAGGAGCAAUUGUGGUUCAUCAAUUUUGUCAUAUCGGUUCAUUUUCUUUCAUAGGUGGUGGUUCGGUGGUCUCUCAAGAUAUCCCCAAGUACAUGAUGGUGUCUGGGGAAAGAGCUCAGCUUCGUGGGUUAAAUCUGGAAGGUCUUCGGCGUCAUGGAUUCUCUGUUGCAGAGAUCAGAAGCCUGAGAGCAGCUUAUAGAAAAAUUUUUAUGCCCAUUAAUGCUAAUUUGGGGGGCGUUGAAGACCGAAUGGUUCAAGUAGAGCAGGAUGAAGAACUGGUUCUUGUCCCCACUGUUCGUUCCAUGCUACAAUCCAUACGGGAUUCUUUUGCAGAAGAUCGACGUGGAAUUUGCAAAUUUAGAUCUUGGAUUGAAACUUAGACUGCAGUCCAGUUUAUGAAUUGAAGGGGCACUUGGAAGUUUGGUGUUACAAGUUUUUUAUAAAUCCCGCUGUUUACUUCUUCACUGAUUCUGCCCUUAAUGCCUUUUUCUCUAUCCAGUAGAGAUAGCCAAACGUAAAACCUGCCUCAGCAUCAUUUCUUGUAUUUCAAUGUUCAAUUGUGGAAGUUGUAAGAGUGUAUACUAGGUAGCUUUCGUGAAGAAUAGUCUGCAAAAAAACCUCCCCAGUGUUCAGGUAUGACAGAGUUUUUCAUCUAUUCAUACCAUAUACGUAUUGUUGAUCAUAUUAAUGGUAAUCAUGAAUAAUCAAGUUUUUUAAUCAUCGUAUCUAUUCUAUUUCAAGCCUUCUUGGCUUCAUCACAGACUAAAGAUGGUUCUUUCAUUCUUAGAUCUUUUACAUUUCCGUCUCCCCUUGCCAGCGUUGCCUUGCGCCCCAUAGUGGAAAAGGAUCAAAAUUCAAGAUCAUUAGCUCUGUUAAAUUACUACUACUCUCUGAAAUGAUUAAUUGCGCCAGAAAUUGGACUGAUGUAUGAAACACCAUAGCUACUUUGCCCCCUCUUC